AUGUCGACAGUAAAACAAAGCUCCGUCGCUCGCUCUACACCAUCAACAUGGAACACGAAAGACCUGGGCAAGCGACUCGGUGUCGAUGUCGCCAGCGCAGCAACUGCAGGCGCGCUGACCUGUCCGCUGAUCACAAUCAUUGACCGUGCAAUCAUCGAAAAAGCAUCAAAAGGCUUCCCUAUCCAGCGAACAAUAACAAACUGCCUCAAAUCAAUGGUCUCUAAACCAACCGGCUUCUUCUUCAGCACUCCAUUCCUCCUCAUCUAUACCCUAUACAGCUCGACCUACCUCACAGCAAAUGCAAUCGACACACUUACCUCAACGAUGCGCAACCAGUCCUACGACACUGUAACACCAGGCCCUCUCAAAUUCAUCUCCACAACAACAGUCAAUAUGGCAAUCUGCGUCUACAAAGACGCGCGCUUCGCCAAAAUCUUCGGCGCCUCUCCUCCCCCAUCCCAUCCAGCUGUCACAACAACAGCAACACAACCACCCUCCGCUCUACGCGCCCCAGUCCCGACUCCAGCACAGGCACAGGCACCGCCCUCAACGUGCCAUCCUCACGCUGCGCCAGGCUCAGCAUUAACAAUUCCAAAAUCCUCCUACACCCUCUUCUGCCUCCGAGACAGCAUCACAAUCUUCGCAUCCUUCAACAUCCCAGCCCUGAUCGCACCCUCGAUACCAGACUUUGUCGCCUCAACCCCCGGCAUGAAAUCUGCCAUCGCGCAAUUUUCAUGUCCAGCGCUUAUGCAGUUCGCCAGUACACCUAUGCAUCUCCUCGGUUUGGAUCUGUUUAACCGCCAGCCUGUCGGCGGUUUACCCUGGACGGAUCGUGUAGCGCGCAUUCGUCGCGAUUAUGUCCCCGCUUGCUUUGCGCGCAUGGGAAAGAUCGUUCCUGCUUAUGGUAUUGGUGGUGUGGUGAACGUUAGAUUGAGAGAUAAUUUGAUGAAGCGCGUUGAGAACCGUGCUUGA